AUGUCAACCUUCCACCCCUUCCCCAGACUUCCUUUUGAACUCCGUGCUCAGAUAUGGGAGAUGACUGUCGAGCCUCGUACCGUUACAGUCUAUGUGAAAACUAGUAAUGGAUUUCGAUCAGGUGCUUGGCGGUUGGUCACGCCCACACCUGUGCCAGCCACGCUACAUUCCUGCCGGGAAGCCCGAAACCAUGGUCUGUACCAAAAAAAGUUCGGCGAGUUGCAAGAUCGAACGCAAUAUGGAGAUCGCUAUGUAUGGGUGAAUUUGGAUAUUGAUAUGAUCGACAUCUUGGACUGCCAGUUCAGAUACUACAAGACUGUCGCGCCAACGAUCAGACGGCUCAAGUUUGAGGCGAGGAAUGAAGAGCCCUUCACCCACGCAGAUAGCAGAGACAUGGUAUUCUUUGUCAACGUACAGGAGAUCCGCGUGGUCUGCAGCGACGGCUUCGUGAAAUGGGGCCACGCUACCCAUUAUCAUCCUUGGCCAUGCGCUAUCGAGAACGUCACCUUUAUUGACCCUCUGGACGGCGAUCGGACGGCCAUAGGGCUCGAGAUAGAGACUAUUUACAGGCAGCUGAUAAGUGAGGUGCGGUUGGAAAAGGAUGGAGUAGCUUGGGACAGCAGCGAUGAUUUGGACGACUGGCCGGAAGACGCCUUUCCCGAAUUUGAGUGUUACUGCAACAAUUAA